AUGGGUCGCCCACUGAACCUGGACGAUGUCGAGUCCAACCAGGACCAGGAUCAGGAUCAGAAUCGGUCUCACACUUGGCGCGAUUGGAUGAUCGUGUUCACAUGGAGUAUCGUGGGCUAUCUGGCACUUAUCACGACCGUCAUCGGCUAUUUUGAUCCGUCCCUUCUACCCGUCGAUCCAGCGGCGCUGUUAUUCAACAAAGAUAUCUCUCCAUUCUAUGCAUUCUCGCGCGGAGGUCAUUUCUCCAAACCGUCAGGCUUUAAGAUCGUCGCUCUGGUUCCUUUUAGUAACCAUGAGCACACUUCGAUUCUGGAAUGUUAUUUGCAGGUAAAGUUUGAAUCUAGUCAGCUUCCUGGGAAGGUUAUGCUAAACGAUUCGCAGAAAAAUUUAAUCCACAACCACGGUUUCCUCGAUCAGGUCGUUUUCAUUCCUCAAACGAACGACGCCACCAGUCUACGCUGGCUCAAUUCUCUCGUGGAAGAAACAUCCGAAUAUGCAAUCUCACCAGCUGGAAGAGACAUGGAUUGGAAAUUCGCCCAGGAUAACGUCAUGUACAUCCGGAUCGACGGGGACGUUGUUUACAUGGAAGACCAUACCAUUCCAACGAUCGUCAAAACGAAACUAGACAAUCCCGACACUCUCAUGGUCUCUGCGAACGUCGUCAACGAGGGUGCCCUCGCUUCACUGCACAGUCAUCGCGGAGUGUCUCUCCCUUAUCUGCCCGAGCUACAGCAUACCCCGCAACCAUCUCGAUCAAAGUCUCAACUCGAACACGAUUGGCGAGCCUCGAGUCUUCCAUCGUGGACAGGACCAGCAGACUUCAAGGUUCGAAAGGACUUCAAACCGCCCUUCGAGGGUCAUAGAUGGUUACUUCCGCGUGAAUCGGCCACGGAUCGCGAUCCGAUUGCGGGAUCGGUUUAUACAGAUACGGGUCCUAGUAUGUCCGACUGGACGGUUGGUGCCCAGCAACACUAUUCCUUCUUACACCAUCUUGAACUGGAUAAUUUGGAUCGGUAUAAGUUUCCGUUAUGGGUUAAUCCUACCGAGCCUGUUACUAUCAAUUUUGGUUGUUUCUGGGGCCUUCGCGAGGUCUUCGGUCAUAAAUCUAGUGAAGAGAUCUAUGAAUCUUGGGCUGGGUCGGAUGGGACUCGGCCGAAUGUUACUAUUGAUGGUAAAGGUCUUGUUUCGCAUUAUUCGUCUCGACAGGGAGUUGAGGGGUUGGAUUCGACUGAUGUUUUAGAGAGGUAUCGGGCUUAUGCGCAGGAGAGGGUUUGUCGACCGAGUCAGCGUCAGAAGAAGCCUCGCUUGGAGGUUGAUUAG